AACUUGCUUUUUUUCUCAAGAACUGGAACUUACUCUAGAAUGAAGUUAAAUUGAAAUAGUCAAACCUUGGCUGUCUCCCGACUUCUCAGCGAAUGUCCUCGCCGGCGCAGCGCUCGGCCCGCUCUGAGAGUCAUAGGGAUUCCAGCACGCGGGCCUCGCCGAAGCCGGCGCCUAGCGAGUCAGAACAUAGUCAACGUAGCGGUCGCCGGCGACACUCGCCAGAACGGAGUGACCACAGCAAUCGCCCGGACCAGUCCGUGCAGAGCUACUCUGUGCGAGAGCUGGCCGACAGCUCGGAGGUGUCCAGCCGUGGGAGGGAUGACCGAGGCCACCGCAGGCGGCGUGGGGGCUACAGCGAUGAUGAGGAGUCAAACAGUGGUGACCAGUACUCCUCGGACUACGAGUCGGAGGAGAGCGUGAGCCGCAGCGGCAGCCGCAGCUACGACUCCCGUAGCUAUGACGAUCGCACGCAGACCCACACGAGCGCCUCAUACGAUGACAGCGAGCGGCAGAGCGACAGGUACGAGGGCGACAUCAGCGCGUGGGGCCGGAAGCGGGUGAACCUGAACAACAAGGACUCGGAGAGCGACUACACCAUGAGCAGUGGGCUCAGCCCGCGCGGCAAGGAGGAGGAGGGGCGGGCGGAGUUCGAUGUGGAGGACGGCAAGAGGGCGCUCGCUUAUCAAGCAGGCAUGUAUGCGCGCGCCCAGGCCAUGCGGCGUGACGGCACAGCGCCCAAGGCGCUGGGCAUUGCGGACGGGCUGCCAGACCGCAUGGCGCUGCAGCAGCUGAACGCGCUGGCGGGCAUGGCGGACAAGGUCAAAAAAGCGAUUGAGCACAACCGCCAGGUGUUUAAGCACCGCGUGAAGAUGGAGGAUGACGCGCUCAUCAAGAAGGCCUUUGACGCCUGGCGCGCGGCGCGCUUCGGCAGCAUUGCCAAGCAGCAGCUGCUGCGGCGUGCCGUGGCGCGCCUGUCGCGGGGCCUGCUGUCCCGCGCCUUCUUCGCGUGGAAGGACAAAUUCCACCUGGUGGACAAGUACCUGGCCAUGCGGCGGAAGGUGGCGGCGACCAUCAACCGCGGCCGCAAGAAGCGCUGCUUCCUGGAGUGGUGGCGGCUGUGUCUGGAGCGGCGCUGGAAGAACCAGCUGGCGCUGGCCAACGAGGCGAUGGUGGCGCUGCAAAAGAAGGUGGACGGAUUUGAGAAGCGGCCCAUUACGGUGAUCCGCCGCCGGCGCCUGUACGCCAUGAUGGAGGCGUGGUUCAACCAGAGCGCUGAGCGGCGGAAAAAGCGGCUGCGGCGCGAGAAGGCGGUGAUGCACUGGAAAAACAUAGCCUACCUCAAGGCCUGGAACUCCUGGCGCGAGUACACGCUGGAGUGCCUGCGGCGCCGCGCGCUGAUCAAGAAGACGGCGAUGAAGAUCAAGAACAUCCAUAUGGUCAGCGCCUGGAACAAGUGGUGGGAGGCGGUGGAGGAGCGGCGCAACGAGGAGGGCAAGUUGAACAAGGCCAUGCGCAAGUGGCUGAACUCCACACUGUCGCGCGCGUGGGCCAAGUGGUGGGAGCGCGUGGAGCGGCGCCGCUACCUCAAAGUGGUCUGCGCGCGCUGGAAGAAUCCGCACAAGGCGCGUGCGCUGCGCGGCUGGCGCGAGGCGGCGGCCUGGAAGAAGCGCAUGCGCGUGGUGCUGGACCGCGCCAUCCACAAGAUGAAAAAUCGGGCGCUGUACAUGGCGUGGGAGGGCUGGUGGCAAGCCAUUGAGGACCGCAAGCUGGAGGAGCAGCUUACCACCAAGGAGCAACUGGUGGUGGCGGUGAAGGAGCUGCGCGAGGAGAACGAGCGGCUGCGGCGCGACAACGAGCGCUUCGUGCGCCUCAUCGACAGCGGCGAGUGGGGCCGCGGCCGCGUGGCGGAGCUGGUGUCGGCGGGCGAGAUCCUCAAGGGCGAGCGCGACGCGCUGCUCAAGCUCAUCCAGAGCCUGCGGCGCGAGUACGAGGCGGUGCAGUCGGCCAAGGUGGCGCAGGAGGAGGAGAUGCGCGCGCUCAAGGAGCGCAUGAUGCUCGGGGGCGCGGCUCGCAACCGCAUGCUGAUCAAGGGCGGCAGCAGCUUCAACGCGGCGGGCCGCGCCGUGAAGCAGGACCUUGUGGACCAGCUGCAGGGGAACAACCGGGGCGCCGACCCCAACCUGCUGUACCAGGUAGACCAACUGUCCAUGAACCAGGUCACCAUCUUUGCGGACGGCGAGCUCAACGUGCAGGCCGUGGCGGCGGCGCCCGGCUCCGCCGCCUUCUCAAAACCCGUCAGCGCAAGCCACGGGCUGCGCCCGCCCGUCAGCCCGGUGCACCCCAUGCGCGUGCCGCCGGGCCUGCCGGGCGCCUCGCCGAGCCGCUCGCCGCUGGCGGUGGGCGCCGUGUCUCCGGGCAGCGGCCGACCUGUCAGCCGGGAGGAAGUGGUGGCGCGGCUACAGGGCCUGUCCAAGGAGGAGCUGGACAGCUUUGAGGCGGCGCUGCGGGCGCAGAAGGCGGCGCAGCAGCAGGUGGCGGCGGCGGCGCGGGGCCGCAUGGACGCCGGUGGCCGGCCGCCGGGCGUGGCGUCGAGCGUGCCCGGGUCCCGAUGAGCACAGCAGUGAGGGCGGAAGGGAGGGGGGUUGUGUGUGAUGGGCAGAGGAGGUGGUGGCUGCGGAAGGGCUUUGACCAGGUGGAUACUUGAAUGGGUUGAUGAGAUUCUGUGAUGCCGGUGGGACGGUGGGGCUACGGGCGGGACUAGGAGGACGUGUGCUGUGAGUGUUUGUGCCUUUUGACAUACCGUACCGUACUGAUCAUGACCGCAGGCAGUAAGAUCUGACUAAUGACGACUGAGCAUGCCCUAACUUUCUUCCACUAAGGCCACCAUGGUCGUUGCAUGGGCCAUAGAUAUCAUGCUGCGGGCGGGAGAAAGGCACGUUGGUGGCGCCAACCCUGUAUUACCAUUCGAUCAUUACAGUGACUGGGCUGACCAGCAUGGCAAACUAUAGCAUGAUGAGCUUUGAGCCUUGUGUGGCAUCGCGCGGCUAGGCCUGGUGGAGACGGGGGGCGCAGAGGAGGCAAAACGGCCAGCGAUAGGUCCUCGGGGACACAGGCACGCGCUUAAAACCCGAUCGCUGUAAAACUUCGCAAAC